AUGGAAGGGAAAAGCAAUGAAAAGAAGGGAGGAAGAAGGGGGAGAGCGUGCGUGGUGGUUUUGGGUGACAUUGGACGGAGCCCUCGAAUGCAGUACCACGCUCUUUCACUCGCCAGUCAGGCAUCUCUGGAGGUUGACAUUGUUGCAUAUGGAGGUUCAGAGCCACAUAGUGCACUUCUUGCCAAUCCAUCUAUUCAUAUUCACAUAAUGAAGCAGUGGUUUACAGCCAGUCAACGCUUACCAAAGAUACUUCAGCCCAUAAUGCUUUUGUUGAAACCGUUGGUUCAAUUUCUCGUGCUUCUUUGGUUCCUUUGUGUAAAAAUAAUAUCACCUGAUGUUUUUAUUGUCCAGAAUCCUCCUUCAGUUCCAACCCUGGUGGCCGUAAAAUGGGCUAGCUGGUUGAGAAAUUCAUCUUUUGUUAUAGAUUGGCAUAAUUUUGGGUAUAGUCUACUUGCACUGUCAUUGGGAAGAAAUAGUCAUUUUGUCACCUUAUAUAGAUGGUUUGAGAAGCAUUAUGGAAAAAUGGCAGAUGCUUCUCUUUGUGUAACAAAAGCAAUGCAGCACGAACUGGCUCAAAACUGGGGAAUAAAUGCUACAGUUUUGUAUGAUCAGCCUCCUGACAUCUUUCAUCCAGCUUCAUUGGAGGAGAGGCAUAAGUUGUUUUGCAGAUUAAAUGAGGACUUGUUUCAGCCUCUUGGUGUCAGAGAUUGUGUUAGUAAUGGAAGUUCCUUGAUUGCUAGCCGCUGCCAAAAUGAAACUCUGUUUACAACUGAGGUUGGUUCAAACAUAUAUUUGAAGCCAAAUCGACCAGCACUUGUUGUAAGCAGUACGAGCUGGACACCCGAUGAAGAUUUUGGCAUUCUCUUGGAAGCUGCUGUAAUGUAUGAUAGACGUGUUGCUGCCAUAUUAGGUGAAGAUGAUUCGGUAGAUGAGGAAGUCAUGUGGAAAGAAAUACAUGAUGGAAAACAAUGUUUAUAUCCCAGAUUGUUAUUCAUCAUAACUGGCAAAGGUCCAGAAAAAGAGAAGUAUGAAGCAAAGAUAAAGAGAUUGAAACUUAAACGUGUGGCAUUUCGUACUAUGUGGCUGUCAGCUGAUGAUUAUCCAUUACUGCUAGGAUCAGCUGAUCUUGGUGUUUGUCUGCAUACUUCAUCAUCAGGAUUAGACCUUCCAAUGAAGGUUGUGGAUAUGUUUGGCUGUGGACUGCCUGUUUGUGCUGUUUCUUAUUCUUGCAUUAAAGAACUGGUUAGAGUUGAUAAAAAUGGUCUUCUCUUCUCUUCUUCGUCAGAGCUAGCUGAUGAACUUCUGUUGCUCUUCAAGGGAUUCCCUGAUGACUACUGUGAUGCUUUAAAGGUCCUCAAAGAUGGUGCAUUAGAAACUGGAUCUUCAGCAAGGUGGGCUACUGAAUGGGAAGAACAUGCAAAGCCACUGAUUACCGAGGCAAGUUCAUUCUGCUAUGCUUUGCACUAUGUCAUUAUCAAGUCAUCUACUCUCGGGGUAGUUGACUUGAUCUUCAACUUCUCUAACAGCAAAUUGGACCAAGCUGUUAGCCUAAUCCAGUGGAUAGUUGUCUGGUGCAAAUUGCAUGUACUGAUUGCAUGCAGAUUUGAUGAAGUUUUGGCAAUUUCCAAGCAUAGUCACCUUGUACAGAGCAGCUAUGCAGCAGGGUUUCCAACAUAUGUCUGUUUCCAUAUGUUUCAAUGUGAAAGUGAGGUUAUUGUACUAAAGCUUCUAGAUAAGAUUUUGCUGGCGAACUUGAGUUCUGCUUUGAUGACAUGCUAG